UUUAAAAUUGUUCGUUAUAUUGACGCUAGAUGGCGAAAACCAAUUUCUAAAGGACUUUAUUCAAAUUAGAACCAAACGUGAUAAAGGUUGAAGCAGCCCAUGCACAGUACGUCUACGACUAUAGCCCCUCCAUUUCUUGCUAAAAAUUUGAACUAGCAAAGACCCAAAGUCUUUUCUGCUAACAGCAAACCUGGCCACGUGAGCUCGAAAUAACCUUAAAUUUGUUCCAUCUUAUCGGAUGACGAGAACUAGUAGGUGGACACUACCGAUCUUUGCGGCUCUGCAGGAUCUAACUCGGCUGGACAAUUCUUUUGUGAUAUCAAAAAGAGAUUGGACCCAUUUCGACUGUCGCACUACAUCGGUCAGAAACGAACUCAAAAUUACGCCGAGACCAGAGGGAAAAAAUGAAUUGUCAUCGGGUGGACCAGAUGUCGCCAACAAUAAGACGGAACAUGCGGUUCUUGCGCAAUGUGUUGUCGUGCCGGACGACUGACUGAUUACAAACCCGCGUGAUAAUUUUGUCAUUUUCUUCCCGCCCUCAAAAAAGGGAAAAUGAAAGUGAUUCAUCUCUACAUUUUUGGGCCCACCGGAUUCAUCCAGACCGCACCGUGCAGCGCCAAAAAGGAGAUAGGACAACAAUCGCCAGUUUGGUCGCCGAUCUUGUCGGAACCCUUUCCCGUGUGGAUUCCUGAUUCUGCUACCACUUGACAUCAAAUUGUGUUUGCUCUUCAGUUGCGUCCUGUUGAAGACCGAAUAUUAAAAAAAUAAAAUUUAAAAAACUAUACGCGACCCUCCAAUAAACCGUUCGGGCUGCCAUCUCUCUACCUCUUCAUAAUGAUGACCAAUAAUAAAAGAAGAAAAGGCGACAAAAAAAAAAGAAAGGGAGAGAACGUUCUCGCGUGCGGAGAACUGUGGCCGGGCACAUUCAACAGGUCAAUUUUCGGGGAAACGAUGCGGCUGCUCUAUUUUUGGCCGGCAGGUUGGCACAGCGUCAAUUUUUCCUAUUCGCCGCGUCAGCUCACAAAAAAAGGACGGACGUUAGCAACAUGGACUGUAUAAUCUCUAAAAGGUGUGGAAGCAGGUGAAGAAGAGGACGAGCUGAGUAGCGAUUCCAGCCGAAUGAUCAGCAUGGACGUGAACGGCCCUGGUGGCAUGGGUCCGCAGGGCUCGCAACAGCAACAACAGCAGAUGCAUCAGCAGUCGCAAAUGAUGCACAUGUCAUCCGGCGGAGGCAGCGGAAGCGGUGACGAUUCCAAGAAAAAACUGUACCAUUCUUCUGGAACAGGUCACGGUGGCGUCAACCAGUUGGGUGGCGUCUUCGUUAACGGCCGGCCAUUGCCCGACGUUGUGCGCCAGAGGAUCGUCGAGUUGGCCCACAACGGCGUCCGGCCCUGCGACAUCUCUCGCCAGUUACGAGUCUCCCACGGCUGCGUCUCCAAGAUACUGUCCAGAUACUACGAAACUGGUAGCUUCAAGGCGGGCGUGAUUGGCGGGAGCAAACCCAAGGUGGCCACGCCCCACGUCGUCGACGCCAUCGCCGACUACAAGCGGGAGAAUCCCACCAUGUUCGCCUGGGAGAUACGCGACCGGCUCUUGGCUGAAGGCAUUUGCAAUCAGGAGAAUGUUCCCAGCGUCAGCUCCAUAAACAGGAUUGUGCGGAAUAAAGCGGCGGAAAAGGCGAAGUCGGUCAGUCAUCACGGACAUGGACACGGUCAUGGACACGGAGGUCACGGAGGUCAUGGCGGCAAUAGCGGCGGAGGCAGCAACAGCGGCCCCGUGAGCCCAGUCUCGUCUCAAACGGCUUCGGUCAUCACUCACGGAUCGACCGCAUCGACUGGCAACAACCAACACCAACAACACGCCAUGCAACAACAGCAGCAUGUUUUACCGCCGCACGACUCGCCUCACCAACGGCCCGGCUCUUACAGCAUCAACGGCAUCUUAGGCAUCCCGCAGACCGACCCCAACGGCAACAUAAAGCGGAAGCGAGACGAUCACGAUGAUAUUCGCGAGCUCAAUGGCCACGCAAAUCAAGACGAAGAGAUUAAACGUCAGCGGUUGCAUUACGGCAGCGAUCAACUUUAUAGCAUGUGGCCGACCAAGUGGGGUACUAGUUUGAAGGACGACAAACUCCUUCCGGACAUUGGCAGCGUGACCGGAGUGGUCAGCUCGCCGACGGGUAGUAAUAACGUCAGCGGAUCGCCUUACUCUUUGCCCAGUUUCGUGACGGAUCAUCAGCAACAACAGCACCAGCAACAACAACACGGCGUGGGACAACAGCAAUCGGGCGGUGGCGGCCAAAACGGCUCCAACAACGGAGGCCCAGGCAACAACCCCAACGCCUUUAAUGGCGUUGUGACGUCGAGCAGUUCGGGCGAUCCACUUUACGACACCAUUAGCACAAUGACGCAAGCUCAGAGCACGUCCAUCUACACUCCGCCCCUGGGCACAUCACUUGGCAGUGGCUCUUUGACACCUUUAACGCCCAUCAGCAUGCAGGACAUAAAGGCUCACAUGUUGACGCCGAAUGGGGUCGACACGUCGCUCCAGUACCAACAAGACGGCAUCGGUGGUCUUUCGGUCUGCACUGCAGGUACUGGCGGGUACGCUAGUUCUGGGCUUGCUGGGCCUACUGGGCUUGGUGGUGGCGCUGGGCACCACCAUCACUUACUAGCUCACAACUCUUCGCCACUGCCGGGCAGCACUUGCCUGAUCCAGCAUCAGCAGCACCACCAAUGCACGACAACGACAACGGCGUCGUCCAUGUCGGACGGCGGCCAUGAUGUCCAUCCUCAUCAUCACAUGGACAUGGACAUGGAUCAAGCGGCCUCUCACGGCUUUUGUGCCGCCGUCUACCGGACGAUGGCCCAGACGCCGACCGAGUCGCCUCCGCAGCACCACCACAACCAUCACAACAACAAUAACAACAACAAUCACCAUCACAACCUACAGCAGAGCAUCGAGGAGCACGAGGAGCAGGAGAAGGCGGGACGGACUAUCUUGUCCUCGCCUCCUCCCGCUUCCUCCGCCCCGAUCGCCUCCUCUCGUUCCGCCUCCGCUCUCACGCUGCUCCAGCCCAUUGCGGCUGCCGUGGCAGCGGCGGCGGCGGCGUCUUACACUUUACCCAGUCUCAUGGCACCUUACCCUACCACCACAGCUGCAGUGGGUGGAGGUGGCGUCGGUGUUGGCGGUGGCGUUAUGCCCGGAUCCGAGUACUCGUACACGUCACACCACUACAGCCAGUAUGCUCCAUCGCCGUAUGGUAGUUACGGUUACAGCGCCGGGACCGGUGGGCUUCUCACCAAGUGACCUGACUGAUAAAGAUUCCGGCAACAGCGUCCGGGGGGCCCGUUGUAGAUCGGCCGAAAUGGACGGUUCAACCCAAUCCAGAUAAGCGGCUCGUUUGUUACGUUGUUUCUCACGAGUGUUACACACUUGACAGAAAGUGUCGGUAAGAAAAGGAAAAAAACAAAACAAAAACAAAACAAAAAAAUCUGACUGUCAACCCCAAAGUUCAACUUUAAUAAUCAUAACCCAUAAAUCCUCUCCUUGUAUCCGCCACCACCAAAAGCCAAUGUCUUUUCUUUUUUGCGUGUAUUGUCCAGUUGAUUUCCCCCUCUUCCCCAUUAAUGAGGAUUAAGUGAUUGGCGAUUUGAUGACGUAAAUUCACUGUAUCAAGUGAAGUGACAAUCACACGUCGUCAAUCACAUCUGAAAAACGGCGUCGGUUUUGUAGUUUCGACGCGUCCCCUAGUCUCCACCGAGCUGAGCCUUAAAAAUAUGAUGUCUACUACACACACACACAGAUACACACCUGAUUGUCGUCGAUUGAUGAGGUUAUCGAGAGAUCAUUGAUCGCAUUAAUGAGUAAUGACAAGCUUCGAUUAGAUUUCGUGUGACUCGUAAGUUUAAUUUUCAUUCAUGCUGAUUCAAGUAACUUUUGCGGAAGGACAAAAAAAAAAUCAAUUUCGAGUGGAUGAGGUCCCCGGCGAUCUCAAAAGUUGAAGAGGAAAAAAAAUCACUAGGAGAUGAGAGGUUGAAAUGUGUAGGCUGUCGGACUAAGAGCAAAAGGGGAUGAAUUGGUUUUCAUCACGGUCAUCGUCAUUCAGUUUGUUAUACAAAUGCGAAAGUUCUCUUAUCUGAUUGUUGAACGUUUUGCAGGCGUGUACAUGGGAAUCCUGGUGUGUUUUUUAUGUGUUGGUGUUUAUGAGUGAACGAGAGAUUGGUGGACGGAAUAGCAACAAUGUCGUUCAACAGAUCUCGAAAUUUCAUUUUUUUCUUUCUUCUUUUUUAUUCGUUUUUCCCUUCUCACCUAUUGAUUAUAGUUUGAUCGUCAAUGGGAAUUAUACGGUGAUUGCAAUGGGCGUUUACUAUUCUCACGCUCCGUUGUACGCAACCACCCGUUUUCUUUCGACCCCACCUUCUUCUUUUCUUCUCAAAAUUACUUUUGCCGAUUGUUUUGAUACCAAAGAGGUCGUUUGCAAUAUCUCCCCUUACUUUGUACACAUCUCUCUAAUAGGCUUCAAGUUCUUAUAUUGUCUAUAAUCUCCAAUUUAUUUUCAACCGUUUUUUUAUUUUCAUCUCCCUCUUUUUAUUAAGAUAUACAUAUAUUAUAUACAAAAAUAAGAACGAAUUUUAAUUUGAAGAAAAGGACAAAAAAAUUAUUAUUAUAGAAAUCAUGUAUUUUUCCGUUUUCUUCUUCGUAUCAUUUCAUUCAAAAAAUUUGUUUUUCUUAUUUUUGUAUUAGCGUCUCAUUGGAAAUUGGCGGAAGGUUGUUCUCAUUAUCUCACCUCUCGUUAUUGAAGUUGUCAUGCUUCGUUUAGAUUGGGCUACUCCUCAAUGCCGACUUUCUUUUUUAAUUCGUCUCUCUCUCUCUUUCUCUCCCCAUAUGUGUGUGUAUGUUUGCGAGUGUGAAAGUAUUUCGGAAAAUCGAAAAAAACAAGUUUUUCUUUUUUUGAUUUAGUGACAUUUUGCUCUUACAUUAGUGUCUCCUUUCUCUACAUAUUCGAUUUUAUUACAUCACUAUACAGUACAUAUUACAGCAUAUUAUUAUCAUGAUUAUCCCAUCAGCGGCCGGUUGUGUGCGUGUGUGUGUGUGUUUAUUAUAUACCCAGCAACAUCAACCUUUUAUUUUGAAUGCGAAAAAGUUUGUUUGUAUGUAAAAUCGGAAAGAUGCUGUGUACUACUACCCCGAUGCCGCCGCUUUGUACGUGUGUGUGUGCCUGUGUGUGUGUGUAGCUGGCGUAGCCCUCAAAUAAAAAACAAUGGAAUAUCCUGUCAA